AUGGCUAGAAGAAAAGGUGGUAAGAAAGGUAACAAGAAGACAUUCGGUGCCCGUGAUGACACAAGAGCUCGUGUAGGUUGGAAUGAUCUGGUCAGAGAAAAUGAAAAAUGGGAAAAAUAUUAUAAGAGUUUAGGUUUAAUUAAGGAAGAUGAAUGGGACAGUUUCAAGAAAACUUGUCAAUCUCCAUUACCACUUACAUUCAGAAUUACGGGUUCGAGAAAACAUUCUAGUGAAGUUUUAAAUUUGUUUAAGGAGAAACAUUUACCAAAUUUGACUGAUGUAACUUUCGAAGGUGAAAAGAUUAAAGCCCCAAUGGAAUUGAAAUGGUAUCCAAACGAUUAUGCCUGGCAAUUAGAUGUUCCAAAGACAGUCAUCAGAAAGAAUGAACAAUUUGCAAAGACUCAAAGAUUUUUGGUCCUAGAAAAUGCUGUUGGUAAUAUUUCUAGACAAGAAGCUGUUUCAAUGAUUCCACCAAUUGUUUUAGAAGUUGAACCACAACAUACUGUUCUAGAUAUGUGUGCAGCACCAGGUUCUAAGACUGCUCAAUUAAUUGAAGCUUUACAUAAAGAUACAGAUGAACCAAGUGGGUUUGUUGUAGCUAAUGAUGCUGAUGCAAGAAGAUCCCAUAUGUUAGUUCAUCAGUUGAAAAGAUUAAACAGUGCCAAUUUAUUAGUAGUCAAUCAUGACGCUCAAUUUUUUCCAAGAAUCAGAACUAACGAAGAUACCAAAGAUUUCUUAAAAUUCGAUAGAAUUUUAUGUGAUGUUCCAUGUUCCGGUGAUGGUACAAUGAGAAAGAAUGUUAAUGUUUGGAAAGAUUGGAACACUCAAGGUGCUUUGGGUCUACAUACUGUGCAAUAUAACAUUCUAAACAGAGGUUUACACUUGUUGAAGAACGGGGGUAGAUUAGUCUAUUCUACAUGUUCUUUGAAUCCAAUUGAAAAUGAAGCUGUUGUUGCAGCUGCCUUGAGGAAAUGGGGUGAUAAAAUCAGAUUGGUAAACUGUGAUGACAAAUUACCAGGUUUGAUCAGAGAUCAUGGUGUCUCAAAAUGGCCUGUAUUCGAUAGAAACAUGGAAGUCAGGAGUAAAACUGAUGAAGGUAUGUUAGAAAGUUGGUUUGAACCUUCCACUGAGGAAACUGAAAAAUUCGGUUUGAACAACUGUAUGCGUGUCUACCCUCACAAACAAAACACUGGUGGUUUCUUCAUUACUGUAUUUGAAAAAGUGGAUGAUGACCAAGCUACCUCUUCUACAUCUUCAAACAAAAGAUCUGCUACACCAUCUGCUACCAGUUCAGAACCUGCUGCAAAGAUGUUGAAAAAUAACGAUGCUGAAGCUCAAAAGAAGGAAAGAUUACCUCGUGAUGCUAAUGAAGAACCAUUUAUUUUUGUAGAUCCUGAACAUAAAUCGUUAAAGACUUGUUGGUCCUUUUAUGGUAUUGAUGACAAGUUUGAAAAGAACACUUGUCUAGUUAGAAAUGGUACUGGUGAACCAACUAGAGUUGUUUAUACUGUUGCUCCAUCCUUGAGAGAUAUCAUCCGUUCUAACGAUGACAGAUUAAAGAUGAUUUAUUCUGGUGUUAAAUUAUUUGUCUCCCAAAGAAGUGAUAUUGAAUGUUCUUGGAGAAUCCAAAGUGAAUCUUUACCAAUCAUGAAGCACCAUAUGACUUCAAACAGAAUUAUCAAGGGUAAUCCUGAAAUGCUGAAAUUGUUGUUGAAAGAAGCAUUCCCAACAUAUGACGACUUAGAGAGAGAACCUCUUGAUCCAGAAUUCGUUAAGGAAAUGCGUGCUAUAAGUUCAGGGUGUGCAUUCAUCGAUGUUCAACGGAAUGAUGAUAACAAGGAAAACUUGUUUUUACCUGUUUGGAAGGGUACUAAAUGUAUCAAUUUAAUGGUUUCUAAAGAAGAUACUCAUGAACUAUUAUAUAGAGUGUUUGGUGUUGAAACUAGUGCGAAAGAUAACAAGCAAGCACAAAAACAAGCAGAACAUCAACAAGCUAAAGCUGAGGAAACUCCAGUUGCUGCUGCAACCGUUGAUGAAGAAUCCAAAUAA